AUGCCCCCUACAAGGACCCUCAACGCCCCCUACAAGGACCCUCAACGCCCCUACAAGGACCCUCAACGCCCCCUACAAGGACCCUCAACGCCCCUACAAGGACCCUCAACACCCACUACAAGGACACUCAACGCCCCCUACAAGGACCCUCAACGCCCCCUACAAGGACCCUCAACGCCCCCUACAAGGACCCUCAACGCCCCCUACAAGGACCCUCAACGCCCCCUACAAGGACCCUCAACGCCCCCUACAAGGACCCUCAACGCCCCCUACAAGGACCCUCAACGCCCCCUACAAGGACCCUCAACGCCCCCUACAAGGACCCUCAACGCCCCCUACAAGGACCCUCAACGCCCCCUACAAGGACCCUCAACGCCCCCUACAAGGACCCUCAACGCCCCCUACAAGGACCCUCAACGCCCCCUACAAGGACCCUCAACGCCCCCCUACAAGGACCCUCAACGCCCCCCUACAAGGACCAUCAACGCCCCUACAAGGACCCUCAACGCCCCCUACAAGGACCCUCAACGCCCCUACAAGGACACUCAACGCCCCCUACAAGGACCCUCAACGCCCCCUACAAGGACCCUCAACGCCCCCUACAAGGACCCUCAACGCCCCCUACAAGGACCCUCAACGCCCCCUACAAGGACCCUCAACGCCCCCUACAAGGACCCUCAACGCCCCCUACAAGGACCCUCAACGCCCCCUACAAGGACCCUCAACGCCCCCUACAAGGACCCUCAACGCCCCCUACAAGGACCCUCAACGCCCCCUACAAGGACCCUCAACGCCCCCUACAAGGACCCUCAACGCCCCCUACAAGGACCCUCAACGCCCCCUACAAGGACCCUCAACGCCCCCUACAAGGACCCUCAACGCCCCCUACAAGGACCCUCAACGCCCCCUACAAGGACCCUCAACGCCCCCUACAAGGACCCUCAACGCCCCCUACAAGGACCCUCAACGCCCCCUACAAGGACCCUCAACGCCCCCUACAAGGACCCUCAACGCCCCCUACAAGGACCCUCAACGCCCCCUACAAGGACCCUCAACGCCCCCUACAAGGACCCUCAACGCCCCCUACAAGGACCCUCAACGCCCCCUACAAGGACCCUCAACGCCCCUACAAGGACCCUCAACGCCCACUACAAGGACACUCAACGCCCCCUACAAGGACCCUCAACGCCCCCUACAAGGACCCUCAACGCCCCCUACAAGGACCCUCAACGCCCCCUACAAGGACCCUCAACGCCCCCUACAAGGACACUCAACACCCACUACAAGGACACUCAACACCCACUACAAGGACACUCAACACCCACUACAAGGACCCUCAACGCCCACUACAAGGACACCCACUAA